GCCGGGCCGGGGAAGGCCCUGCCGGGCGGCGGCGACAACAGCAGCGACGGCGACCGAGCCAUGGUCGCCCCCGGGAACCCGGACGGCGGCCCGAAGGCGGCGACGGCGGCGGGGGGCGCCGCGAGCGGACGGCGGACGCUACCCCUGCCCGGCUGCCUGCCCACGCUGGCCAGCGCCCAGGUGAAGAGGCUGUCUGCCUCCAGGCGGAAACAGCACUUCAUCAACCAGGCCGUGCGGAACUCGGACCUCGUGCCCAAGGCCAAGGGGCGCAAGAGCCUCCAACGGCUGGAGAACACCCAGUACCUGCUGACCCUGCUGGAGGCCGACGGCGGCCCGCCGGGGCUGGAGGACGGCGACUUGACGCGGGCCGCGGCUCCGGGCAUCUUCGCUGAAGCCUGCAACAACGCCAGCUACGUGGAGGUGUGGAACGACUUCAUGAACCGCUCCGGCGAGGAGCAGGAGCGGGUGCUGCGCUACCUGGACGGCGACGGCCAGAGCAAGGCGCGGAGGAGGGGGCCGGGUCGCGGGGAGGACCGGCGGAGAGAGGACCCGGCCUACACUGCCCGCGAGUGCUUCCAGCGCAUCAGCCGGCGCCUGCGCGCGGUGCUCAAGCGGAGGCGCAUCCCGAUGGAGACGCUGGAGGCCUGGGAGGAGCGGCUGCUGCGGUUCUUCUCAGUGUCGCCGCAGGCGGUGUACACGGCCAUGCUGGACGACAGCUUCGAGAGGCUGCUGCUGCACGCCGUCUGCCAGUACAUGGACCUCAUCUCGGCCAGUGCCGACCUGGAGGGCAGGCGGCAGAUGAGAGUGAGCAACCGGCACCUGGACUUCCUGCCCCCGGGGCUGCUCCUGUCCGCCUACCUGGAGCAGCACAGCUGAUGGCGGCCCGCCGAGACCGCCUCGCCCUGUUUUUAGAUUCUGUCCUGGACGCCUGCCCCUCCUGCCCUGCCCCGCCCCGCCCCGCCGCUCCUGCCCUGGGACUUGUAUUUGGGCGAGGAGGCCGGGCCUGGGCACCUCCACUUCUUUCAGUUUUCUCUGGCCCUGUCGGAAGCCCUACCAGGGGAGGGAGGCUGAGUUUUAUCCCUUUAAUGCAUUUGUCGUGAUGUGCUGUAGGGUUUUAAAUUUCCCUGUGGGUGGGGAAAGCCGCACCCCUGCCCCAGCCCUGGCUUGGCCGUCCCUGCCUCUCACUUGGCUGGGGGUGGGGCGCAUCCCCAGGACCUGGCCCCUUGCCCCAUGAGCAGUUUGUCGUGCGUGUGUGCGCACACGCGUGUCCAUGCGUGUGCCCCGGGACCCAGGACAGAGGCUUUGUCCUGCGGGCCGGUUUUAUGCGUUUUGUCCUCCGUGUGUGUGUGUGUGUGUGUGUGUGUGUGUGUCCCCACCGCGGGCCCCCCUGCUCUCCACCCCGCUGCCCCCUCACUGAGGUCCAGGACUUCCGGCCAGAAGCCGCUGCCCUCGGUGUCCCCCGCCCCCUGCCUGGCCCCGCCCCCUGCGCGGAGCUGGCCUGCACCCCUGUCCCCCGCGUGUGGCUUGUGCUUUGGGGAAUGGGAAGGGUUUAAUAAAUUUCUGGUGCUCUGGC